AUGUCGAAAUCGAUUCUCGCCCAGGUCAAAGAAAUCAUCCCACCACUCAGCGCUGGCCUUCACAAGGGUCAAGGAGGUCGGGUUGGUAUCUUUGGAGGCAGUAGAGAUUACUCCGGUGCACCCUACUUUGCAGGCAUCGCGGCCUUGAGAGCGGGAGCAGAUCUUGCCCAUGUCAUCUGCUCUCCACAAGCUGCCCCGGCCAUCAAGAGUUACACACCAGAUCUCAUGGUCUAUCCGAUUCUCGCUUCCGAUACAUCAACCACCGAGCUAACUGAUCUCCUCGACGCACUCUUCAAGCGUCUGCACGUCCUCGUCAUCGGCCCUGGUCUAGGAAGAGAGCAACACAUGCAAGGAUUUGCACGCCUUGCCAUUCAGCUCGCGCGCGCACACAAUCUCUACGUCGUCCUCGACGCCGAUGCGCUCCUGUUAAUCCAGGAGGACCCAGACAUCAUUCGUGGGUAUACAAAGGCCGUUAUCACACCGAAUGUCGUCGAGUUUGCGCACACUUGCGAGUCCUUGCAAGUCCCCGCGAAGACGAAUAAGAAGACUCAGGCAUCCAUCACACUCUCUGAUGCGCUUGGUGGUGUUACUGUCCUUCAAAAGGGCGAGACAGACAUUAUCUCCUUUAGUGUCACCGUCCACGGUUCGGGAGGCGAACGUGAGACUGCAGAGGUGGUCACCAAAGGCGGCUUGAAGCGCUGCGGCGGGCAAGGCGAUCUACUCUGCGGUUUCAUAGGCGCGAUGCUCGCCUGGUCCAAGUGCUACGAAGAAGGAGUAUACACCAAACCCGCUGUCCCGCUCUCCCCAACCCGUCUUCCAUUGUUGUCCUCUGUCGGAGCAGCAAUCCUUACACGCACAAUCUCACGUCGUGCCUAUGAGAAACAUGGACGAGCGACGCUCACUAGCGACAUGAUAGCUGAGAUUGGCCCCGCUUUCAUUGAUGUGUUCGAAGGCGGAGGCUCAAAGGGACCCGCGAACGCAGGUCUCUAA